CUGCAUAUGUUUGAUUUCAUUAUGAUUGGUUUGGGUUUCUUUGCCUUGAAAAAUCGAAAAAAAGCAAUUAAAAUUUAUCAGAGAACUAAUUUCGAAAAACACUUUAUCAUUAGAGUUUUUUAAUUAAUGAAAUUAAUUAACCACCUACCGAGUUUUUUUUUAAAGGUGUCACGUCAAGAAUUAUUUAUAAUGCACAAUUCCGUACAUGAAAGCACAUGCAAUGUUACCUUUUUUUUCUCUCUCUGUGUCUGGGGAUGGGACGUUUGACCUGUUAGUGGAUGGCUUGUCCUUUAGUACUUUUUUUUUCCAAUUCAAAAAAAUAAAAUUAGGCACACACAUAUGGCCAAUUUCAUUGGUCUGUUCAUUGAAUUGAAUUCAAACACAUCUUAGUCUUUUGCUCUCAAAUUGUCCUGCCAACUAAUAUAGUUAUACCCUAUCCAAUAAAAACUCCACUCCUUUGUCUUUUAAGUUAUCUUCUCCAUCUCAAAAUAUUUGUUGCAUCCAACAAAACGAAAUAAAAUUUCAAGUUUUUAAAAUUCAUUUUAUACAAAGAUUAGUAUAAAAAUAAAAGGAAAAAAAAAAGAUGAAUGAAAGACAUCUCAAAAAAAAAAGGAAAAAGAUAAGAGAAGAAUCAUCGUUAGAGUUUAGUCUUGCCGUUUUGAAAAAAGCUAUAUGACGGCAGCCUUUUUCAUUAGGGUUUUCAGUAUUAAUCUACAUCAUUAAAAUUUUAGAACGUUAACGCUAAUCGAAAAUUUUAUUCCCGAAAAAGGCCAUGACAUACGCACAUCUUCUAGAUCCUACUUUUUGCGAGAUUUUAAUGCGUAUGUUGUUGUACGGAAACAAAUUUUUGUUGUAAUUUGUGGGUGUGACAGGAAGUUGACAGAGCUAGACAUUCAAGAGAAUGGGAUGGAGGAUCUCGGGGGUAGCUGGCUAAGCUGCUUCCCCGAGGAAUUCUCGUCCCUGGAAGUCCUCAACUUUGCCAGCCUGGGGAGCGAAGUGAGCUUCGAGGAGCUGCAGAGGCUGGUGGGCAGGUGCAAGUCGCUGAGGGUUCUCAAGGUGAACAAGAGCGUCAGCCUCCAGCAGCUGCACUGCCUCCUGGCGCGGGCCCCGCAGCUGUCCGAGCUCGGCAUCGGCUCCUUCCACCAGGACCUCAACCCCCAGCAGUGCGCCGACCUCGAAACUGCCUUCGCAAGGUGCAAGCGCCUGGAAACGCUCUCCGGCUUGUGGGACCUCGCCCCCGUCCACCUCCCUGUUCUCUAUCCCGCAUGCCCCCAUCUCACCUUCCUUAAUCUCAGUGAAGCCAUUGUUCAGAGCUCUGAGUUCGUUGAGCUUCUCCGGCAUUGCCCUAAUCUACGCCGCCUCUGGGUCCUUGAUACUGUUGAAGACAAUGGACUUGAGGCGGUUGGGCAGAGCUGCCCAUUGCUGGAAGAACUCCGGGUCUUCCCCGCUGCCCCAUUCGAUCUCGAGAUCGUUCACGGGGUGACGGAGAAGGGGUUCGUCGCAGUUUCCCGCGGCUGCCGGAAGCUCCAUUACGUGCUCUACUUCUGCAUGCAGAUGACAAAUGCGGCGGUCGCGGCCGUCGCCCGGAACUGCCCGGACUUCACCCACUUCCGCCUCUGCAUCAUGAAACCCGGGCAGCGGGACCACCUGACCGGGGAGCCGAUGGACGAGGCGUUCGGGGCGGUGGUGAGGUCGUGCAAGAGGCUGCAGAGGCUCGCCGUGUCGGGGCUGCUGACCGACCUCACGUUCGAGUACAUCGGGGCCCACGCCAAGAGCCUCGAGACGCUGUCGGUGGCGUUCGCGGGGAGCAGCGACUGGGGCAUGCAGUGCGUCCUCGGGGGCUGCCCGAAGCUGCGGAAGCUCGAGAUCCGGGACUGCCCGUUCGGGAACGCGGCGCUGCUCUCGGGCCUCGAGAAGUACGAGUCGAUGAGGUCGCUGUGGAUGUCGGCGUGCAACGUGACCGUGAACGGGUGCCGGGUGCUCGCGAGGGAGAUGCCGAGGCUGAACGUUGAGGUGAUAAGGGAGGAGGACGGGGACGACGGCGUCCAGGCGGACAAGGUCUACGUGUACCGGUCGGUCGCCGGGAGGCGGAGGGACGCCCCGUCUUUCGUUCUCACCCUUUGAGAAUUGAGAAAGAUGUUUGUCCUAUUCCUAUCCAAAGGGUCAUACCAUUCAUUGCCUUGUCCAUAGGGGGGACAGAGAGGCUGGCUGGUUUUUGAAUUCCCUUAACCAACCACCCCAUGAGGAUUCUCCUUGAAGUCCUUGAACAAGACUGGUCUUUAAUUAUAAGGGGUGGGGGGUAGGGGUGGGGGUGGGGGGAAUCGUUCUGGUCUUCUGGAUGAGGGAGGAGAUGUGGUAUGGGUGGUCUCAGAUGAAGUGGUGGUGGAAAGGGUUGAGAUUUGAAGGGGUUUUUGAUUCCCGGGAGAGUUUGAGAUGUUGGAACUUUGAUAAAGAUUUGGGAUGGGGAACAAUAGACCAUUGCAUUUAUUUAUAUGUAAAACUGUUUAAAUUUUAUAUACUGUUGCCAUUUAUAAUUUUCAAUCAUUCUCUACUAUAAUACCCCAUGGUGAACUAUAUGAAUAAUCUGAAGUCUUAAUU